AUGGCCACACUCCACCCCGAAGACGCCGCAGGACGGCCCGUGCGACGACGACCUCGUCCCUCCAGUUCGGGCGGCUCCAGAUCGCCGUCCACCAAACGACACUCGAUAGUGCGGGAGCAUCUCGGAGAAGAGCUCAAUGUGCCCGACGGCCAGGAAAUGGACCUGGGCCAGGUCAACAAGAACCUCAAUGCCGCAUACGCCAAGGCCGAGAAGGACUCGGACGACGAGAAGGAAAAGAAGGAGGAGGGCGUGGUGGACGAGCUGCCAGAGAAGUAUUCCUACCCUCGAUUCUCAAAGAACAACCGACGCUACAGAUUCACCGACAUCAAGUUCAAGCCAACACCGUCGAUUCUCGACAAGUUCGCCCACAAGGACUCGGAGUUCUUUGGCUUCUACACCCUGCUGUGGAUGGUGUUUGCCUUCUGCGUCUUCCGAACCGGCCUGCUCAACUACACAAACGAAGGCAUCCUGUUCCGGGGCCAGAUUUUCGCCAUUCUCAGCAAAGAUCUCUGGAAAGUCGCAUUGGUCGAUCUGGGCAUGUACCUGACCACCUAUCUGUCUGUGUUUCUGCAAUUGGCCGUCAAGCACGGUCUGGUCGACUGGAACUCGUUUGGCUGGAUCAUCCAGAACGUGCACCAGACCCUGUUCCUCUUCUUCUACCUUUGGGUCGCCAAGUCGAGUAACCUGCCUUGGAUCGGUAACAUCUUCAUUGUGCUUCAUGCCUUUGUCAUGCUCAUGAAACAACACUCGUACGCCUUCUACAAUGGCUACCUAUGGACUGUCGAGGACGAGCUCUCCCACGCAAAGCAGCGUCUCACCGAAGACAUUCCUGUUUCAGAGAAGGAGGAUCUCAAGCUGGACAUCGAGUUCUGCGAGACAGAGCUCAAGGUCCAAUCCAGACACACCCCUUUCCCCACCAACAUCACCUUUUCUAACUACUUCUGGUACUCCAUGUUCCCAACGCUCGUCUACGAAAUUGAGUUCCCUCGAACCCCCCGAAUCAAGUGGACAUACGUGCUGGAGAAGGUCGCCGCAGUCUUUGGCGUCUUCUUCCUUAUGAUCUGGGUCGCAGAGUCGUACCUGUAUCCCCCUGUGGUGGCUGUUAUUCAAAUGCGAGACGAACCCUUCUGGAACAAGGUCCGAAUCUAUCCCAUUUUCCUGUCGGACAUUCUGCUGCCCUUUGUCAUUGAGUACAUGCUUGUUUUCUACAUCAUCUGGGACGCCAUUCUCAACGGCAUUGCCGAGCUCACUCGCUUCGCCGACAGAGACUUUUAUGGCCCCUGGUGGAACUGUACCAGCUGGGAGCAGUUUAGCCGAGAAUGGAACAUUCCUGUCUACCAGUUCCUCAAGCGACACGUCUACCACUCGUCCAUCUCUGCUUUCAAGUUCUCCAAGGGCGCAGCUACCCUCACCACCUUCUUGCUGUCUUCUCUUGUCCACGAGCUGGUCAUGUUUGCCAUCUUUAAGAAGUUCCGAGGAUACCUGCUGUUGCUGCAGAUGACCCAGCUGCCCCUGGCCAUGCUGCAGAAAACCAAAUGGAUCCAGGACAGACCCGUUUUUGGCAACGCUUUCUUCUGGUUCUCGCUCAUGAUCGGACCUUCUCUCAUGUGUUCCAUGUACCUCCUCUUCUAA